AUGCAUCGUAACCAAGUGGCUACCACACCAACAACCGGCACCCCCGUUCAGACUGAGAAACGGUCCCAGUUGGCAAAGAUGUCACAGCACUCCUUCCAGCCGCUCCAUGCAAGUGCCAAGCCGCCGAGUCCACCAGCUGCAACCCACCACCAGGUGCCUUUUGUGCAACCUCCAGCUCGUCCUUCUGGAGGCAGCCAUCGUCACAACUACAGUACCAGUAGCAAACCAAAGAAACCGCGACAAUCACCUGCUCUCUGUACAAAGUUUAUGUCGGGCUAUGGCUGUUCGUACGGGAACAAGUGUCGCUUCUCACAUGAUCUUCGGGCAAUCUAUCCAGUCUAUUACGACUUUGCUGGUUAUGAUGAUCCGGCGUGGUCGACUGCCUACGCUAUGCCUCAAAGUGCGCAUCAAAACUAUUUGCAACGGCAGGUGCUGGAUUCGAUGAACCCUAGUUGGGUGCCUGAAAUCGACCCCACCCCAUUCCGUGUGCCUUCACCCCAACGCGAGCGAGCAGCUUCGUUUGCAAAUCAUUUUGAGUCUUGCGAUAACCAGUUUAGUGGUGCCCCUGCGUAUCGACGCUUGCCUUUGAAGGAAGCUGUUCCUAAUCAAAGCAAGGCACAGCAACCUGAAAGCAAGCACCACGCCUCGGCACCGCACAAAAGUACCGGAGGAAACGGGUGUGGCGACGAGAGCAGCGUUUCAAAAAGGCAAGGGAAAGCGACACCUGAAUCAGAAUCUGCAGACAUGUCACUUGCACGGCAGCGUCUGCGACGCAAGAAAAUUUUGCGUCCGCGUAAGUGUGCACCAAGUGAUGGAGUGACAGACCCUGCAGACGGCGAUACGAGGGCGUAUCAUCGCAAUCCAAACUACUUAUCUGGUGAAGUUGGUAGCGCUGAUACCGCGGGGGCAGAACGUGCUCAGCACGAAACGCAUCGGCACGAUCAGGUAAAUCGUCGAUACCCUGCAAGAGCAACGCAACUGAUGCAUCCAAGAAUUCCAUCGUACACCCGGUACUUUUUCGAGGAACAAUUUUACAGCAACAUCAGCAGGCAAAUCGAAGGUUUCGUUGAUUACAUCGACAGAGUGCUGUCACUGAUCGAGCCACAUCAACAGCAGGUCAUUAAUUCAUUACAGAACCUGGUGCGCUCGCUGUGGCCCGAUGCUCUCAUUGAUGUUUACGGGUCAAGCUAUACCCGCUUAGCAUUACCAGUAAGUGACAUCGAUUGCGUACUACUUUCGAGCUCUCUGGUGGAAGAGAAGGCUCUUAUGAUCCUAGAGACUUUGGCAGCCGAUGUCGAACGGCAGCCGUGGUCGAAAAAACUCAAGCUUCUCGAAAGUGCCAAAAUUCCCGUUCUCAAAAUGACGAAUUCGCUUGACCCGACACAGCCCGAUGUGCAGUUGGACCUAACCUGUGGUCAUUCUGUUGGUCACACCGGUCUGAAUGCGCGUGACCUUAUUUAUUCCCUUCAAGCAGAGAUGCCAGCGUUACGUCCCCUCGUGUUAGUUCUGAAAAGCCACCUCGUCAGCAACGACUUGAAUUGUGCCUUUACUGGAGGCAUCUCUUCAUAUGUAUUGGUGAUCUUGGUAGUUCGCUUUUUGCAGGCAUGUGGCGAUGUCCACCAUAAGUCAUUUGUGGGUUCCAGUAGCCGCAACAUCCGGGGCGGAAAUAGAAGAAGAAGCAACUCGGAAAGCGCACCGGCACACGACAUGUCAGAAGAGUCUGCUUACAUAUCGAGUCUAGGCGAUCCAGUUGUACAUCCGAAAUGGUGCUUCACAUUUUCGCGUGGUGGACGUGUUACUUGGCGUACUGGUAUAAGCAGCCUCCUCUUGCUUUUUUUGGAAACGUACACCACGUUUGACUAUCGUCGAUUCGGCAUCUCCAUUGACGACAAAGGAGAAUUUUUUCUACUUCCGCCAGAAAAAGUGGCACCUUUGCAGUGCUCGGUUGUCAUCCCGUACGUCGCGGAUCCGAUCAAGCCUGGACGGAGUAUUUGCAACUGUUUCCGCAUGCACGAGGUGAUCCAGUCAUGGCUUGCGCUGUAUCAAAACCUAGUUGCUGGAGUCCCAGUAGCAACGUGUGUUGGUCGACAUCCAGCCCCCUGA